AUGCCUUGCACCUUUGGCAUGCCAGCGUUAUUGUUAUUUUGUUUACUGCCACCCAUUGCUCAUGUGCGCACUGCUAAAAGCGAGCAUGCCGAUGAUGCCACUUCGGUGCCGUUCUCUUUGGCAGAUGUACCGCACGUUGGAGAGUGCGGGAAUGUUCUUGAAUCGCUAGAUCCACAUUCCGAUCUGAACAUGUGCAAGGGAGUUGACGGGGAGUGCCCAUCCGAAUGCAAGGCUGCACUCCAGAAUGCAAAAUCGUGCGUUGGGAAACCCGUGCAAGUAGGCUCAGAGAGCCGCAAGUUUGACAUAACAAUAUUCUUGCCUCUUUUGACCCAAAGCUAUUCUUCCCGCGGAGCAGAUCGCAGCCACACCCUGUGGAAUUGCAUCCGAGACUCUGGUGGACUUGAGCUAGAAGACUUGUUCUUGCCAUCGAAUGGGGCUCGGGCAGACUGUGAUGACGCAGUAGAAGCCUUCAGGCUUUCCCGCCUUUCUGCAUGUGAUAGCGAUGAGAAUCGCAUCGGGUGUGGGCGAUUAUGUUCUCGCAUCCUGGGUGCUGUUCGAAGUCGUUGCAACAGCACCGCAACGUUCAGAGAUCGAGACGGGAACGAGAAGUCAAUUGCCGACCCAUUCGUGCAAAGCUAUUUGCUUGACGUGACCCCUCGGCAGUGUCAAUGCGCUUUACGUCGAGGCCUCUUUGGAGAAUCGCGGGCUUGCACAGAGCCCGAGCUUGACAACGAUGCCGGGUUGGCUGUGUAUGCAUCUGCUGGUUAUCCAAGGUACCGCAACAGACCUGCGCGCCGGUCGUCAAAAGUAGGGUUGAUAGGUGUUUCUGGAUAUCCUUGGUCCCAAUCCACUUCGGGCGUUCCUACUUCGAGAAUCGGCACGGUGUUGAUGUGUUUUGUUAUUAAUCCCGCCCUCCUGCUUCCUGCCUUUGCCCACUCCUGCCGACCGACGUGCACGUGCCGAGCCCCGUGUCCACACGCCGAGGGUUUCGGUUUCGUGUUGCGCGUCGGGGCAGCUAGUUAUAGGGCCAGGGUGUCGUGGUGGCGGACAUGGCCGUGCUGCUGCUCGCAGGCUUCUUCGCACGCUGCACUGUGCGGCCUCUGCGCCAGCUGCACCUGCCGGCCAGCCUCGUCGGGGGACUCCUGGGCCUCGCCGUGA